AUGACUCAGGUGCCUGCUGACUACCUGUCAACUACCAGCUCCUACAAUUAUGAGCAGCCCCUUCCCUCCGUGGCUCGGACAAGCACUGUCACCAAGGUACCCACAGCCAAAAAAAUAACCUUCUUCAAGAGUGGAGAUCCUCAGUUUGCGGGAGUCAAGAUGGCCAUCAACCAGCGAAGCUUCAAGAGCUUCAAUGCACUCAUGGAUGACCUCUCUCAUCGGGUCCCACUGCCAUUUGGGGUAAGGACCAUCACCACCCCACGAGGAAUACAUUGCAUCAGUGAGCUGGACCAGCUGGAGGAUGGAGGAUGCUACCUUUGCUCCGACAAGAAAUAUGUCAAACCUAUUAGCAUUGCUUCUGGGGGACACAGGCCAGGCCCUCCGCGAAGUGGUCGUCCCUCCAGCACCUUGAGAAGAGCAGCUCAGGAGGCCAAACUUGAAGAUUAUGCCACACCUUUCACUCAGCACGGCCCCAGAAUACCCAAGAAAAUCACUCUAGUUAAGAAUGGAGAAAGUGGCGUUCGACGCUCAAUUAUCUUGAACCGCAGAAAUGCCAGGAGUUUCAAAACGCUCCUGGAUGAGAUUUCAGAGAUCCUGCAGUUCCCAGUGAAGAAGCUGUACACUGUUGAUGGGAAGAAGAUCGACAGCAUGCAGGCUCUGCUUCACUGCCCCAAUGUGCUGGUGUGUGUCGGCCGGGAGCCAUUUAAACCUGUAUCGAUGGAGAAUUUGAGGAAACACUCGGUGGAGAAGCUGCCCGACCUGGCUCCCCGCUCCAACGGCAACAAUGCCAAUGAAAACAAUGAAAUGAACUUUGGACUGAAAGCCAAAAAAAGUGUUAUUCAUCCACGGUCAUCAUCAAGCAAUAGGUCAAUGAGAUUUUCUUUAUCAUCAGAAAAGUCAUAUCCUAAUGGUCUCGCUGCCUCACCGGAUAAUGGCGCACCUUUCUCAAACAGUUGUUCACAUCCAAAACCGGGGGACCUGGUCCAUUCCUUGGUCAAUGAUGACAUAGAAAAACGGGUACAUGUGAACAAGGACGGUAGCCUGUCCGUUGAGAUGAAAGUUCGCUUCCGCUUGCUAAAUGAUGAGACUUUGCAAUGGUCCACCCAGAUCAAAAAGUCCAAUCUGAUGAACCAGAUGCCUUGUGAGGAGUCAGGUGUCGAGGACAGUGGAGUAGACCCCAUACAGAAAAUGAACCCAGAGGCCAGCUCAGAGGCAGAUGAGUCAUUGUAUCCCUGUGAUAUUGAUUCUUACAUGUCAAAACUGGAGGAAUCAGAAUGUGAUGAGGCUCAUUGUCACAGCUGUGGCAAGAAACAUCAGGACUAUGACAUUUGGAAAAAUCCCAUGCACACAUCCCAGAGGGAAGAGCCCAGUGUACGGAGCACCUGGCACACACGGUCAUCCUGCUCCAGCACAUCUUCCCGGAGGAGAGUAGUCCACAAAAAAAUGGCUUCUGUGGAUAGCCUCCACACCACAUCCAGUGAGGAAUUCUCUGAGCACAUCGUGCAAGAGUCCUCAUCCUACUCAGAGACUAUAGAGAACAGAGUGGCAUAUCGAUCCAUGAAAAAGUGUAGGUGUCGAAGUGAUUUGUCUACAGGUGCUUCCAAUGGAGAGGACCAGCAAGAAUACACUCGGACAAGCACGAGCAAUAGUCAGAGACGUUCAUCCUUGGGCUUAAUGUCACAUUCAAGCUGUGAAAACAACCUGGAUACUCAAGACGCCCCUGAAGACCAUGAGGCCAGCAAAACCAAUUCACAAAAUGAAGAUGAAAAUUGUUUUGAAGUAUCCUCUGUGAAGUGCUUAAAGGAUGAUGUGGAAGAGCUUGAAAGCAGCAGAGUUGGGAGUGUCAUGUCAAGGUCAUCUCUGCAGUCCAGACAGAGCAAGAAGAAUGUGUGUGAGGAAACAAGUAGCGUGGGUAGGAGCAUGUCAUCAUCCAGCCUUCAGAAGGCAAAUCAAGAAGAUAACACUAGGUGUUCCACCCCUGCCAACAGUGUGCACAGCAAGUCUAGUAACUGUACUACACCAAGAGCAAUGCCUGAACAGGAUGACCACUCUGAUGACAAUGCAGUGGUCUCUUCUGUCUCCAGUGAGUCCUGCCCUAAGAAAGAGGCUCAAGAGGUUGAAGACGAACAAGAAGAAAAUGAAAUCAGUGAAGUCAGCUCGGUGUCCGCAAAAACAAAGCCCAGCCAACCAAUCAGAGAUGAGAGCAGUGAAAGUGAACGAUGCUCUACACAAGGAACCCCCUAUUCCAGAGCUAGUGACAGGAAGAGCAAGAGAAGUGACAGUGAUGAGAUUGUUCAGUGCAAUGCCUCUUGCUCUUCCAGAGGAUCCAAAAAGAGCAAACACAGCCAUAUUCACUUGGAUGCACAGUCUGAAAUUGAAGCAGAGGCAGUCACAGGUUUUACUGACAAGAAAAGCUUGAAAAGUACCACCAAUGGCUACAGUGUAUCCUCAAAAGGCUCGAAGAAGAGAAGCCAUAGAGAAGAAAAUAGCAAGCCAUCAUCCCUCUGCUCAAGUGUUUCAAGCCCUAGUGGAAAAGCUAGAGAGGGCCAUGCCAAGAUGAAUUCAGAGGCCCCUUCUUCAAGACAUGGAAGUAUGAGUGAGAGUGUAUGUUCAAGAGGUGACCUCUCAACUGAGACUGGGAUAAGGAAUGGAAAUGCUGCAAGUGUCUCUUCAAGAGUCUCUUCAGGGUCAGAAGAAAAAGAUAAAUGCUUGUUGACACAGAUGUCCCAGGAAAGUGAUGACAGGUGUUCACAAUCAAACAUAUCUCAGUCUUCAAAAUCAAGGCAGAUAAAAACUAAACAUCUUCGUGUGAAGAUGUCAAACUCCAGCCGAGCAUCAUUGUCCGAUACUUUGUCAGUUUGUAGUAUGCAUUGCCCUGCCCCACCAAAAGGGAAGCCAAACAGCAAAAAAGUACGGUCAACCAUGCUGAAGAAUUCCUCCAUUAGCAGCAUAGGUACUGAAUCAGUGCUGGGCACAGGAAAAGAGCAGAAAGAAAUAGAUUCCUCCAAAGCAACUUCCUAUGGGUCUAAAUCAGCUGCAACCGAAGUAAACGAUCAGAAGAAUAAAGAGAUUGAUGACUCUUGCAACAGAAAACUGGAUGAAGACUUAGAAGGCACAGAGAUGAAGGAGGAAGGGAGGGAUUUAACGCCAUCUACUCUACCGAAUACAUCUCCAGAAGAAGUUGUGCAAGAAUGGCUAAGUAAAAUCCCUCCAGAAACAUUGCUUAUGAAAUAUGAAAUGGAGGAUGGUGCAGAAGAGGAAGGUAUAGAGGCAACCACUGAGAUAUCAUACUGUACGAAUGCUGAGGAAAUCUCAGAGGAUGAAAAAGCUGAGAAAAAGAAUGUGGAGGAGGCUGAAAAUGAGUCGAAGGAUGAAGUGGGAAAAGAGAUGGCAGAAGGCACUGCUGUUAAUGAAGAGGCUGAAGAAUGCAUGAAUCAGGAACACAUCUUUGAGGCUGUGUCUGAAGCUGCCAAGGCCGAUCAGGCAGAAUGCAGCCAGUCAGUUUCAUCCAGCCAAAAUAACAACAGAAAAGACCUGCCAACCUCUGUCCAGACUUCCGUCCAGAUUAUGAAGGCCUUGCUCAGUUCAAAACAUGAAACAAAAUUUGACCGAUCAAACAGUUUGCCUGAAGUGUCCCCCACUAUGGGAAGAAAACUGAGUAACUCCGCCAACAUUUUGAUUACUUGUCUUGCCAGUCUCCAGCUCCUUGAUGAAGAGUCAGAAGAUCCGUCAGAUAAAUCAAAACGUUUGAAUAAGCCAAGGUAUAUGGAGCUGCUAAAUAUUUUUCAAGCCCUCUGGUUUGGAUGCACAGCUGAAAAAAGUGGCCCAAGUUCAGGUCAAGAGGCAAAUGAGCAGGCAAAGACAGCCUCCGGGUUUAAAGCCCCAAAAUCUGUAGAUUAUGACUUCACUCCCAUGUCCUCCUCUGGGGUUGAUGUCAGCAGUGGUUCUGGUGGCUCAGGAGAAGAGAUUACAGCUGGUGCCAGGGACUGCACUUUAAUGGCACAGAAAACUGCUGGACUGAAAUCAGCUGCAGCUGGACAGGUGGAAAAUGUAGAGGUUGGCACUGAACUGACUGAGGCUGAGGAGCAAAGUAAAGAGGAAGUGCAGUCUUCCCGACCUUCGACAGCCUGCUCAAAAUCAAAAGCUGAGGAAAAAGCACAGUCUACUAUAGAGGAAUCUGUGAUUCAGGAGGCAGAAGAGCAUAAGGAGGAUCAGUGCAUUAACUGUGAGAAUGGUCAUGAGGAAAAGGGAGAAAAUGAAAAUGAAGAAAACAGCAAAACAGUUGAAAAUGGAGACCAAGAAGAAGCUGAAGCUGUAAAGGGUGAACUCCCAAAAGAAAAUCUUAAAGAGGAAGCCGAUCAGCUAACCACUACCAAUGAUACAAAUGUCAAUGAUGCCGAUUGUGGGACAGACCUGAAAGCUGAUUUGGAAGAGCAGCUUGAAAAAGUGUCUCCAAAUGACCCAAAGCCCAAUGUCAAUAAGGCUACCAGUGUGGGCACAUCCCUUGUCCAGCAAAACUCCAUGGACCCAGACCCAAUCUGGGUCCUGAGGUUGCUCAAGAAAAUCGAGAAGGAGUUCAUGGCUCACUAUGUCAGUGCCAUGAAUGAGUUCAAAGUCAGGUGGAACCUGCAGAACGACCAGCAGAUGGAUGAAAUGAUAAUGGAGCUGAAGGAGGAAGUGAGCAAAAGGAUACAAAAAAGCAUAGAGAAGGAACUGAGGAAGAUCAAAACCAGAGCAGGGAAGAAGACACCAAGACCUCCGGAUGAACCACUCAAGCGCGAGUCAACACUCCAAACUGAGCAGAGGAGACGGCGAUUGCAGACUAUGCAUAAAAAGUCACUCUUCAGUGACAAGAAUGGAACCCAGAGUAGGCUAGAGGACACAUCAGACUUAUCAUUUGAUGUAGAUGAAGACACAGCAUUUAGUGCAGCUUUUGAGGCCAGUAUCAGCAAACAAACGAGUGAGGAGGAAUACUGCCCAUGUGACUCUUGUGUGAGGAAAAAAAUGGCUUCCAAGCCAGUAAGAAACCCAGUGGUGGCCACCAAUGCUCCAGUCAUGAAAGCAUUUGAUUUACAGCAAAUCCUGAGGCUGAAGAAAAAUGAUGAGGAAGCUUGUGGCUCAGAAGCAGCCCAGGACAUCAACACAAUUCCCAGCAGUUCUGUGGAGGAAGCAGCAGAAAAUGACAAUCUAAACAAGGAGAAUGGUGAGGGUGAACUUCAGCCAAGGGAAACAGAAGUGAAAGGCAAUGAAGAAAAGGAGCCAGAAUUAAAUGAAGUGGACAGCUCAAUAUUGAACAGAGAUGAAGAAGCACUUGAAAUAUCAGAAAGUCAAAACUGUGAGACAGAGGAUGAGAAAGAUGAGGAAGAAACAAAAGAAGAGGAGGAAGAAGCAAAUAAGGAAGAGGAAGAACAGGAAGAAGAAGAAACUCAAAAUGAAGAACAGGAUGGUGAUGAGCAGUCCAAAGCUGAAGAUGAAGCUGACAAUGAAGCUGAAGAAGCAGAGGAGCCAGAGGACGAGGACAUUGGGGCUGAUGAUGAGGAAGUGACAUCUGAAUGCAGAGGAGAUGCUGGAACUGAUAACAAUCCUGAAGGAGAUGCUGCAGAAGGAAGUGAAGAAGCUGAGCAGGAUGAAGCUGCGGCAGUGGAAGAUGCAAAUCCAGAGUCAGAAGGUGAGGCAUGUUCAGAUGAGGAGGAAAACAACAGUGAAGAAUGUGACAAAUAUGAUGAGAAUGAUGAGGAACCUACCAGUGACGACCUUGACAAAGCACAUGAUAAACACAAAAACAAAGGCAACAACAAGGUUUCUGUGAAAGCGUCAAAGGUCAAAGGCAAAAAACCCAGCAAAAGGCUACAGGCUCUGAACAAAGCAGCUGCCUUUUCUUGUUAUUCUUCUGUGGGAAACUUCUCACAGCAAUCCCAGAAGGGGUCUGAAGAUGAAGGUGAAGAAUGCAAAGAUGACAACAACCCCAUGAACAACCACCCCAAUGGAGAGGUUCAAAGUAGUGAUAGCAGCAAACCCUCGCAGAUGUAUCCUGACAGCGAGGAAGAAGAGGAGGACAAAGCAUCUUCGUGCACUGAUCCUUUGGGAGAUGAGGACCAGGCAGAUGCUGAAGGUGCAGAUCCAAAGGAGAAUGAACAUACUGAUGAGGUUCGGGCUUCUAAAAAGAAAGACGACUCUGAUGAGAUUGACCAGGAUGACCUGGACUUCUAG